UUCUCCAAUAAGCGCGCGACACGUGGCACCACAGGCGGCUUCUCGUCUCUUCGCGAUUCGAACGUAUAAAUAGCCUUUCAUCUCCCAACUCACUCUGCUUGAAAUCAAAGCUCUACUGACAGAAGGAACUCUCACAGAGCAAAAGACCAAAUUAGGGUUUGUUCUCCCCUCUUUCAGUCCCACUUAAGAAUCUUGUUCUAGGAUUUCCUUCAUGGCGCUAGGACAAAACGGAAGUGGAAGUUCUCUGCAAUCUAUCUGCUACGAGCGGGGAUCCCUUAGGCUACUCGAUCAGAGAAGACUUCCUCUUGAAACUGUCUACUUGGAUGUUCGAGAUGUCAAGGAUGGAUGGAAUGCGAUAAGGGAUAUGGUGGUCCGAGGUGCACCUGCAAUUGCUAUAUCAGCGGCCCUUGCUCUAGCAGUAGAAGUGUACAACAUUGGAUCUUUUAACGGGACAUCUGGGGAUGCAGCAUCUUUCCUUGUAAAGAAGCUGGAAUACCUUGUUUCAAGCCGACCAACUGCUGUAAACCUUUCAGAUGCUGCAACAAAACUUGAACUUGUUGUAUCAAAGGCUGCUGCAACUGCUGUGGAAGCCAAACCUGUUUUUGAGGCCUAUAUAGAAGCUGCUGAAACCAUGCUUGAAGAUGAUGUUACUUCAAACAAAGCAAUUGGUUCACAUGGAGCAAGCUGCAUCCGAAGCCAGUCAAAAGGUUCUAAAAGGCUGUCUGUUCUAACUCAUUGCAACACUGGCAGUCUUGCAACAGCUGGAUAUGGUACUGCCCUUGGUGUCAUCCGUAGUCUGCAUGCUGAAGGAGUUCUAGAAAUGGCCUUCUGCACAGAAACAAGGCCAUUUAACCAGGGGUCAAGGCUCACAGCCUUCGAAUUGGUUCAUGACAAGAUACCUGCAACUCUGAUAGCAGAUUCUGCUGCAGCUGCACUAAUGAAAGCCGGACGUGUUAAUGCUGUCAUCGUUGGAGCUGAUCGUGUUGCUGCAAAUGGUGACACUGCGAAUAAGAUUGGGACCUACAGCCUUGCUCUUUGUGCAUCACAUCAUGGGGUGCCAUUUUAUGUGGCGGCACCUGUGACUUCAAUUGAUUUAUCUCUUUCCUCUGGGGAUCAAAUUGUCAUAGAGGAAAGAUCACCAAAGGAACUGCUGCAUUCUCGCGGGGGACUUGGGGAGCAAGUUGCUGCAUCUGGGAUCUCUGUCUGGAACCCAGCUUUUGAUGUUACACCCGCUAAGCUGAUAACAGCCAUUGUAACAGAAAAGGGGGUCAUCAUAAAGACAGGAAUCGACAGUUUCAACAUAAAAGCUUUCUUACAAAAUGCGCCAGGCAUCUGUUCUGAUUAACUGGUACCGGAUCUGAACUCAUAUUUUGUUUGGUUAUUCGAACAAUAUGAUGAUAGAGCCCUAAAGAAAGCUUGUUCUUUAUCUUUUGUUUAUCUGCUAAUAGAAAUUCCGUGUUAAUUGCCCAA